AUGUCUAACGUUAUUAUUGUUACUGGCUGCUCCAAAGGUUUAGGUAAGGCAAUUGUUGAAAAAUUAUUAUCGUUAUCUUCCUCAAGACAUAACGAUGUUUUGGUGAUAGGUUUGGCAAGAUCUAAAGAAAAAUUAAUUUGUUUGCAAGAAAAAUUUGGUUCAGCUCGCUUUCAAUACAUUUGUGGUGAUAUAACUAGUGUUGAAACCAUCACUAAAUUAUUGAAAUUUUUACAGGAGAAUAAAAUUCAUCAUAUUCAAGGUUUAAUUUGUAAUGCUGGAGUAUUACAACCAGUUGGAAACGUUAAUACUAUAAAUGUUGCGGAAUGGAAAAACUUAUUUGAUGUCAAUUUUUUCAGUAUUGUUGAUCUUGUAAGUAAAUUAUUGCCAUUUUUGAAGCAAGCGCCAGGUCCUAUUAACACUGCGGGCAACAUUAUAUUUGUUAGUAGUGGUGCCAGCGUAAAGAACUAUGAUGGCUGGGGCGCUUACGGAUCUUCCAAGGCUGCACUAAAUCACUUUUGUGGUACUUUAGCCAGGGAAGAGCCAUUGAUUAGAGCGGUUUCUGUAGCACCAGGUGUUGUUGACACGGACAUGCAAGUUGAAAUCAGGAAAAAUGAAAAUAAAGGUAUGAGUCAAGAAGCUUUGCAAAGAUUUAUAGACCUAAAAAAAAAAGGACAAUUAUUGUCACCAGAAGUACCAGGUGUUAUAUAUGCUAAUUUGGCUUUGAAGGGGAUUGAAAAUGAAAUCAAUGGUAAAUACAUAAGAUAUAAUGAUCCUUUGUUACAGGAAUACUCUGUCAAUGUAUAG